AUGGAUCUCCAGCCCUCUCAACAAUCUCAGAAGCUCCAAAGUUUCCCCUUUUCCAUUCUAAUCAGAAGAGAACUUCGUUAUGCGGUCUCUUUCUUCCUGCUCCUAGUCUCUUCCUUAUUUAUUCUUAGUCUUGUAACCCCAUUUGACUCGCAGUUUCUAUCUGAUCAUUUGGGUUUCUUAUCCCAAAUCCUACCAACUAAUCACAAUAUAUCUCCAGGGACUUGUGAUUAUUCCUAUGGCAGAUGGGUCCGCGACGAGAGCCAUCCACUUCAGCCCUACACCGAAAACUGCCCGUUCCUAGACCCGGGCUUCCGGUGCAGCCAAAGUGGUCGAAAAGACGAAGGUUAUCGGAGAUGGCGGUGGCAGCCGGCUGGCUGUGAUGUUUUGAGAUUUAAUGCAAGUGACUUCUUGCAAAGGAGCAGAAACGGACGGAUAGUGUUUGCUGGCGACUCGAUCGGAAGGAACCAGUGGGAAUCUUUGUUAUGCAUGCUAGCAGAAGCAGUGUCCAACAAGUCUAGAAUCUAUGAAGUGAACGGGAACCCCAUAACCAAACACAAGGGUUUUCUCUCCAUGCGGUUCGAGGAUUACAACCUCACAGUUGAAUAUUACAGGGCACCCUUCCUUGUGGUUGUAGGGCACCCACCCCAUAACUCACCGGACCAAGUCAAGACCACAAUCAAGCUCGACCAGUUCCACUGGUACUCCAAACAUUGGGUGGGGGCCGAUGUCCUAAUUUUCAGUGCAGGGCACUGGUGGAACCAAGACAAAACAGUAAGGAUGGGAUGCUACUUUGAGGAAGGCGGGAAAGUGAACUCCACAAUGGAUGUGAUGGAAGCAUUUAGGAGGUCUUUACAAACCUGGAAGUUUUGGGUGUUAGAGAAUAUAGAACCUCUAAAGACUCAUGUUUUCUUUCGUAGCUACUCCCCGGUACAUUACAGGAACGGGACAUGGAACGAAGGGGGACUUUGCGAUCCCUAUUUGGAGCCAGAAACAGACUACAAAAAUCUUGAAGCUGACCCAGUGAAUAAUCUAUACAUAUCUGAAUCAAUCAAACAGAUGGAAUAUGAAAACUGGAAGGUCCAGUUCUUAAACAUCACAUAUCUAACAGAGUUCAGGAAGGAUGGUCACCCUUCAAAGUACCGUGAGCCAGGGACUCCAGCCGAUGCUCCACAAGAUUGCAGCCACUGGUGCCUACCCGGAGUGCCUGACACAUGGAAUGCACUAAUUUAUGCCAAUUUACUGGCAAAAGGAUUCAGAACCAAGUGAGAGA